CUUCCGGGUCGGAGCCAUGGCGGCGGCCAAUUCAAGCCCCGUGAACCCCACGGUGUUCUUCGAUGUCAGCAUCGGCGGACAGGAAGUGGGCCGCAUGAAGAUCGAGCUGUUUGCCGACGUUGUGCCCAAAACAGCCGAAAACUUCAGGCAGUUCUGCACCGGGGAAUUCAGGAAAGAUGGGGUCCCCAUCGGAUACAAGGGGAGCACUUUCCACAGGGUUAUAAAGGAUUUCAUGAUCCAGGGCGGUGACUUUGUCAACGGAGAUGGCACCGGAGUUGCCAGCAUUUACCGAGGGCCGUUUGCAGAUGAAAAUUUUAAACUCAGGCAUUCAGCUCCUGGCCUGCUUUCCAUGGCCAACAGCGGGCCCAGCACCAACGGCUGCCAGUUCUUCAUUACCUGCUCCAAGUGCGACUGGCUGGACGGGAAGCACGUGGUUUUUGGGAAGAUCGUCGACGGGCUCCUGGUGAUGAGGAAGAUCGAGAACGUACCCACGGGACCCAACAACAAGCCCAAGCUGCCGGUGGUGAUCUCCCAGUGUGGGGAGAUGUAGCGGACGCCACGGCCGACUCGGGGCUCCCCUCACCCACGGGAUCCCGGCUGGUUCCUCGGCUCGAACCCGUGUCCUUCCUGCCUCCUCAGGGCCAGGAGACACUGGAGUAACACAGAGUCAAACUCUCUCCAUUCCCCUCCCCCCCUUUUAUUUUUAAAUUUUUUCAAGUGUAAAUAAAGUGUGUUUGUGUAG